AUGUUUGAAAUUUUAGUGGAUGAACUGAAGCAUAUAAGUUUGACAUGUCACGCUCUUAACAAUGCGGUUUGCAAGUACGUAUUAACUGAUACGUCAGGAAGAUUUGCAUAUGAAGUCGCGGAUGAUGAAGGCGUCAAGACACGACGGAACAGCUAUGCUUGGGGAAACUUAUUGAAGAUGUGUACAGUUUUUUGGCCUGCUAGAAGAAGACGAAGUUUUAUGCGUCAUUUUUAUUUGAAGAAUAAGUCAGUCGACGAUCACGCAAUUUGGGGGCAAUGCUUUUCAGGAGUAAGUAUUUUAUACUCUUUACACUCUUACGAUAUGUUAUGCCUUGAAUGGCUUUAA